AUGUCGUCAAACGAGCUCGCGCCCAGCUUCGCGCCAUUCUUUGGCAUGGUGAGUGCUUCGCCUUCGCCGUAUGAUCUUUGGAUGUACCACGCCCGACACACCCACCUGGACGUGCAUGAGCUAACGGCAGCAGGCGCGGGAGCUGCCUAUGGCACAGCCAAAGCAGGCAUCGGCAUCGCGGGUAUCGGAACAUACAGGCCAGACCUGAUUAUGAAGUCGCUCAUCCCCAUCGUCAUGUCCGGUAUCUUGGCCGUCUAUGCCCUCGUCAUAUCCGUCCUCAUCGCCAGCGACAUCAAGCCACCGCCGGACAACACAUACUCGCUGUAUGCUGGAUUCAUGCACAUGGCUGCUGGCUUGUCGGUCGGAUUGUCAGGUUUGGCUGCAGGCUAUGCGAUUGGAAUCGUGGGAGACGCUGGUGUGCGCUCCUUCAUGCGCCAAUCGAGGAUCUUCGUCGGCAUGGUCCUCAUCCUCAUUUUCGCUGAAGUUCUGGGUCUCUAUGGACUCAUUGUCGCUCUUAUCCUUAACACCCGCGCAAGUGGUUGA